UAAUUUGUAAAUGACAGCCCACAAAGAUAUCAACUCGUCGCUGCGGUAAUAGAUUUGAAAAGGCAGAGCACAAUGUUGUCUGUGUGAAAUCUGCGUGGUAGGGGAUGGAAUCAAAUGAGCCAUGUGAUGUGUGUGUACUUCUAGGGGUUCUGUGCAGUUCUCGAGAAAUGGGAUAGCUGUGUUUUGCGUUCAAUUUCGGGCGGGCGAGGUCCCACCGCAAGUGUUGCAGUGUCCAAAUAAAGGGGGGCUGUAGUGGACUUGGCAAAUCCUAGGUUUACGUGAUGAAUUCGAUCGUUUUGGUGUGGCAAGUUUGAGUGAUAGGGUUAAUUUGGUCGGGUGGGAUUCGUUUUCGGAGGCGCGGUGUCUGGUGUUGGUGAUUUACAAGGUGCUGCAACAAUGUUGUAGAAGAGUCGGCUUCUCAUAUUUUCAAAUGGCGACCCGCGACCCGUAUGCCCUGAGACCUGACUGCACCGAUUCGGCUCCGCCUCGCUUCCGUGUCAAGGCCGGGAAAACGCUAAGCCCCACGGCUUGGUACCGAGCGUUCAACGAGGAUGGCCAGCUGAAAUUGGACAAAGUUCUCAAACGCAUACGAAGAGGGGGCGUUGAUCCAGCAAUUAGGGCAGAAGUAUGGGAGUUUCUGUUAGGUUGCUUUCCUCCCAGCACCACAGCACAAGAACGAGAUGCCACUCGAACAUCUCGCAGAGAGCAUUAUGCAAAGCUCAAAUCAGAAUGCCAGGCAAUGGAUGAUUUGAUUGGCAGUGGUCAGUAUGCAACUGCACCACGCAUAAAUGAAGAUGGUAGUCCAGUGGAGGAAUACAAUGGUGGAGAAAUUUCUGGCGCAGAGGAAAACAGCCCCCGCCGAAACGGACACACCAACGGAGCACAUCAAGGGACUUCAAAAGCCCCUUUCGAAAAGCCGGAUGCGAAGACGAUACAGUGGAAACUGAACCUUCAUCAGAUUGGAUUGGAUGUGGUGCGUACAGAUAGGAUGCUGCAAUACUAUGAAUCUCAAGAGCACAUGUCAAAGCUUUGGGACAUUUUAGCUGUAUAUUGUUGGUUGGAUCCUGCUAUCGGUUACUGUCAAGGCAUGAGCGAUUUCUGUUCGCCGCUAGUUUUGAUGUUUCCAAAUGAGGCUGAUGCGUUCUGGUGUUUUGAGCGCAUUAUGAACCGUGUGCGCGACAACUUCACUUGUACAGAUAAAGAAGUUGGCGUCCAGAAGCAACUUGGCGUGUUGGCGAUUUUGUUGAAAGUUUUAGAUCCCAAGCUUCAUCAGCAUAUAGAUUCUAUUGGAGGAGGAAAUUACAUAUUUGCUUUUCGUAUGAUCAUGGUUCUUUUUCGACGAGAAUUCACUUUUGUCGAUACUCUUUACUUAUGGGAGAUGAUGUGGGCGUUGGAAUAUACUCCACUAUCUCCACAUGAAGCGAGCACGAGUAGAGGCUGGAAUUUAAGGGUCAAAUACAAAGGUAGAGGGAAGUAUGACGCGCAAAAUGAAAAAUAUGGAGCAUCUAGAAUGCCUGGGGGAAACGCGCCCUUAUCCCUGUUCUGUGCUGUUGCAAUAUUUGAAAUGCAACGUCACCGACUACUGAAAGAGACUCAAGGAUUAGACGAAGUGUUAAAGCUGCUGAAUGACAUAACUGGGAAGGUCGACCCUAAGGAAGCUUGCAAAGCAGCUAUGAAGCUUCACAGGAAAUACCUACGCAGGGUGAGAAGACAAGCAAAAUGAUCAAACAUUAUGUUCUUCGUGUUGUAUUUCUUCUAUUUCCCCUUUUGAACCAUGUUUCAUCGUCAGUAAAUAAGUCGUGUGAGUUGGUAUAGACUACUGAUAAACCAUUCAUCCAAGAGAUCAAUUGGCACACAUUGGGCGACGGUGCUAAACGCUUCUAUCACCAGCUAUUUCAUUCGACUUGACUUGUGAAGUAGUUCAAGGUGGUAACGCAAGCUGAAAAUCCACCCUUUAGACACGUAAGAACGAUGGAUAGAAGCUUUGAGAAUGUGCAUUAUGGCUGGGCUGUAGCAGAAAGAGAGCGUAGUAGGGUAUAAGUGUGAGUACACAGUUCACAAGUAGGAAAGCACGGAGAUUGCACCAAUUUGAUAGAAAUGUUUUUUCUGAGAAAGUUUUGCAGUUCGCAGUCUAUUUGUUACUCUGGAUACAAGAACACACAAUAGAACUUUCUAUGUUUUAUCGUUGAUAUUAUAUUCUCUGA